UUCGGCGUCGUCGCCGUCGUCGGUCGGUGUCAGUCGUGUCGGGACCACCGGGCGGUGCGGACGCGUUCUAUCCUCGCGUCGAUCCUCGCGUGUCAACAUCUUAACACGGCGCCGUUCGAUCGCGCCGCUCGUACAGUGACACUUGGCGGCUGCCGCGUUUGCUGCCGCUUGCGGUGACACGCGGGAGGAGCGGCGCUGAGAGAGGGAAUCACGCGUAUUCGCACGCACGGUCCGCACACGUAAAAUCCGCCGAUCGCCGUUGACUUAUCGCGGGUCUCGCGCGCGCGUGUUCCACGCAGAUCGGAGCAUCGCGCGCGAUCGUCGAAUCGGACGGGGACCGUUCGUUUAUCGAGCUUUACGUUAUAAGAAGAGAAAGAAGAGAAAGAAGAGGAAGAAGAAGAAGAAGAAGAAGAAGCAGGUCGGAGCUUCCGCACGAUCGACCGGUUGUCCGCCCGCUCGCCGCGAGGAGGAGCCGCGGACCUCGGCGCGGUCGCCAGGGAACGGAAGUGUGCACCGGCGACGUUUUCGCCUCCCGCAGGUACACGAGGGGGGCGAACGAACGAACGACCGAGCUCCCGUGUGCGACGCGUCGCGUUUUGAUUGCCGCGUCGGGAGCUGGGCGAGGAGAGCUGGCCGUCGUUACCAUCACCACCACCGCUACCAUCGCCAUCGUCGUGAAGGAAGUAUAGCCAUGAAUAAUUCACUCGGCUAAAGUGACCAACACAGGAGUUUCUCCGAUUUCGAGACAGAGCGAGAGAGACUCUGAGGACCAAUCGAGAUGGGUGAGCUUCUAGGAUCCGCGAGUUUCCUUCACCUCGGCGACAUUGUUAGCCUCUACGCCGAGGGAAACGUGUCCGGGUUUCUUUCUACAUUAGGAUUGGUCGACGACAGGUGUGUAGUAUGUCCCGAAGCUGGAGAUUUGUCAAAUCCACCAAAGAAAUUCAGAGAUUGCCUCUUCAAAAUAUGCCCUAUGAACCGGUAUUCCGCCCAAAAGCAAUUCUGGAAGGCAGCGAAACAGAGUGCGAGUUCGGGUACAGAUGCUAUUUUGCUCAAAAGACUUCACCAUGCGGCCGAAAUCGAGAAAAAGCAAAAUGAGACUGAAAACAAAAAACUGCUGGGCACCGUGGUUUCCUACGGUAACGUCGUACAGUUGCUACAUCUCAAGUCCAACAAAUACCUGACGGUGAACAAGAGAUUGCCAGCAUUGCUGGAGAAGAACGCGAUGAGGGUUUAUUUGGACGCGAACGGAAACGAGGGCUCAUGGCUUUACAUAAUGCCGUUCUACAAACUGCGCAGCGACGGCGACAGCGUCGUCGUCGGCGACAAGGUGAUUAUGGAGCCGGUGAACGCGGGUCGCCAGGGCCUCCACGUGGCCGCCAAUUACGAGCUGAGCGACAAUCCUGGUUGCAAAGAAGUUAACGUCGUAAACUUGUCCACCUCCUGGAAGGUGACUCUCUUCAUGGAGCAUCGAGAAAAUCAGGAGGAGAUUCUUAAGGGCGGCGACGUGGUGCGGCUGUUUCAUGCCGAGCAAGAAAAGUUUCUUACUAUGGAUGAAUACAAGAAGAAGCAACAUGUGUUUCUUAGAACGACGGGCAGGACCAGCGCUACCGCGGCCACCAGUAGCAAAGCCUUAUGGGAAGUCGAGGUAGUGCAACAUGAUCCAUGCAGAGGCGGCGCAGGUCACUGGAAUUCACUUUUCAGAUUUAAACAUCUAGCGACUGGUCAGUAUCUCGCUGCUGAGGUUGACACGGAUGAACCACGGGAACCUGUGAAAGGCAAGCGCGAUCCACCUGGACCGGUCUACAGAUUAGUGUCAGUGCCGCACAGUAAUGAGAUUAGCUCGUUAUUCGAACUGGAUCCCACGACUCUAACGCGGGGUGAUAGUCUUGUUCCACAAUCAUCCUUUGUCAGAUUACAUCACAUAUGCACAAACACUUGGGUCCAUUCAACAAGCGUACCGAUCGAUAAGGACGACGAGAAACCUGUGAUGUCAAAGGUGGGUUGCGCGACCAGUAAAGAAGAUAAAGAGGCCUUUGCCUUGAGAUCAGUGUCGCCGGUCGAAGUGCGCGAUUUAGAUUUCGCAAAUGACGCCUGCAAGGUGUUGUCGGCGAUGAACAGCAAGCUGGAAAAGGGGACGAUUUCGCAUAAUGAGCGAAGAGCCGUCACUAGCCUGCUGCAAGACAUUGUGUACUUUAUAGCUGGGUUAGAGAAUGAGCAAAAUAAAUCAGAAGCGUUAGAAUUGGUCGUUACGAAUGCCGUGAGAGAUCGUCAGAAAUUAUUGCGCGAACAGUACAUUCUUGGUCAAUUGUUCAAAAUACUGCAGGCUCCAUUCUUGGAAUCUGCAGAAGGUGAGGGACCAUUUCUUAGAAUAGAGGAGCUUAACGAUCCGAGACACGCACCGUACAAAUACAUGUUUCGUUUGUGCUAUCGAAUACUCAGGCUUUCGCAGCAGGAUUAUAGAAAAAAUCAGGAAUACAUCGCUAAACAUUUCGCGUUUAUGCAAAAACAAAUUGGCUAUGAUAUUCUAGCAGAAGAUACCAUUACUGCGCUUUUACAUAAUAAUAGAAAGUUGUUGGAGAAGCAUAUAACAGCUGCGGAAAUAGAGACAUUUGUAGGACUUGUUAGAAAAAAUAUGCGUAAUUGGCAAUCGAGAUUUUUGGAUUAUUUGUCGGAUUUGUGUAUUUCCAAUAAAAAGGCAAUAGCCGUAACACAAGAAUUGAUUUGUAAAAGCGUACUUAGUGAAAAGAACAAAGAUAUUCUAAUAGGAACAAAAAUGGUGAAAACCCAGAUAGAAGUCGAAGAUAUCGACGAGAAGCAUGAAAAUGCUGAGCCAAGAAUCACUGUUAUAGAAGAGUUUGAAGUUGUAUUGGAAUGGAACAGUGGAACUAAAUCCAUGUCCCUGAGUGAGUUAUCAAGAGGAGCAAAAAUGGGAAAUGUUCAAGAUGCAGCAAUAUUAGACUAUUAUAGACAUCAGUUAAAUCUCUUUAGUAAUAUGUGCUUAAAUAGACAGUAUUUAGCACUAAACAAUUUGUCACCACAUUUGGACAUUGAUCUUAUACUUAAAUGUAUGGAAGAUGAAACAGUGCCAUACGAAUUACGCGCGUCAUUUUGCCGACUAAUGCUUCAUCUUCAUGUGGAUAGAGAUCCGCAAGAACAAGUAACUCCUGUAAAAUAUGCUCGUCUUUGGUCAGAAAUUCCAUCCAAAAUGAGUAUAAACGAUUAUGAUACGAAUAAAAUGCCGGACCAAAAUAAAGAGGCUGUUCGUACUAAAUUCAGUUCGACAAUUAUGUUUGUUGAGGAUUAUCUAUGUAACGUCGUCGCAAAAAUGUGGUCUUUCGGGGAUCAAGAGCAGAAUAAGCUCACAUUUGAGGUCGUUAAAUUAGCACGUGAUUUAAUUUACUUUGGAUUCUACAGUUUUAACGAUUUAUUAAGCUUAACAAAGACAUUGCUUAGUAUUUUGGAUUGUGUGUCGGAGAAUGAAUCUACCGAUGGAAAGAUACCUACAGGUGAAAUCGAUUCUGAUACGGAUUCUGAGGAGGCAGCUGAAGGAGGUAUUCUUAGAUGCAUUGGCGAUAUGGGUGCCGUGAUGACAAAUUUAACGUUAGGACCAGCCGGUCAAGUUAGCUCCUCUCCAAGACCAAAGCCAUUAAUGAAGAAGGAAUAUCCCUUAGUGAUGGACACGAAACUCAAGAUAAUUGAGAUCUUGCAAUUUAUUCUAGAUGUUCGAUUGGAUUAUAGAAUUUCUUGUCUUUUGAGCAUAUUUAAACGUGAAUUUGACGGGACAACGUCGACAACAGAGAAGACUGGAGAUGUGAAUCUAGGACAGAAAACUAUUGAUUUAGAAUCUAUUGGUGCACAAGCCGAAGGAAUAUUUGGAAGCAGUGAAGAAUGCGCAGCCUUGGAUUUAGAUGGCCAAGGAGGUAGAACAUUUUUACGUGUUCUAUUACAUCUAGCUAUGCACGAUUAUCCUCCACUAGUCUCUGGAGCUUUACAUUUAUUAUUUAGGCAUUUUAGCCAAAGACAAGAAGUUUUACAAGCAUUCAAACAGGUGCAACUUUUGGUUUCCGACAGCGACGUAGAAUCAUACAAACAAAUCAAGGCAGAUUUAGACAUUUUGCGCCAAUCUGUCGAGAAAUCUGAACUUUGGGUGUAUAAAUCCAAGGCGACAGAGGAACAUGGAAAUAAAAAGAAGAAGAGUAAAGAGGAAGAAGAUGAAGCCACAGCGCCUCGUAAACCUCUACUAUCUGCAUUAGAUAAACAAGGGUCUGCUAUUGAUUUGGAUAUUGGUCCACCAUUACAUCCCGAUCAAGCGGAAGAAUAUAAAAAGAUUCAACAGAUAUUAGUAAGAAUGAACAAAUUGUGUAUUCAAAAUCUGCCAGGUGGCCAAGUAAAAGCACGCAAGCACGAGCAAAGACUUCUACGCAAUGUCGGAGUGCAUACUGUUGUUUUAGAUUUAUUGCAAGUUCCAUAUGAUGUUAAGGAAGAUGUUAGAAUGAACGAAUUAAUGCGCCUGGCGCAUGAUUUCUUGCAAAAUUUUUGUUUGUCUAAUCAACAAAAUCAAGUUCUUUUGCACAAGCAGUUAGAUCUGUUCUUGAAUCCCGGUAUAAGAGAGGCGCAGACAGUAUGUAGUAUUUUUCAAGACAAUUCCGUUCUUUGUAACGAAGUCGGUGCGAAAGUCAUACAGCAUUUCGUACAUUGUAUAGAAACGCAUGGAAAACAUGUACAAUAUUUAAAGUUUUUGCAAACCAUAGUGAAGGCUGAGAAUCAAUUUAUUAGAAAAUGUCAAGAAAUGGUGAUGCAAGAGUUGGUCCAAGCGGGAGAAGAUGUUUUAAUCUUUUACAAUGAUAGAGCCUCGUUUAAUCAUUUUGUGGAAAUGAUGCGAUCUGAAAGACAUCGAAUGGAUGAGAGCAGUCCUCUUCAAUAUCAUGUAGAAUUGGUAAAACUUCUGGCUUGUUGCACGAUGGGCAAGAAUGUCAAUACUGAAAUUAAAUGUCAUAGUCUCUUGCCGUUAGAUGAUAUUGUUGCUGUGGUGUCACACCCAGAUUGUAUACCAGAGGUGAAAGAGGCAUACAUCAAUUUUCUCAAUCACUGUUAUAUUGAUACGGAAGUCGAGAUGAAGGAAAUUUAUACGUCGAAUCAUAUGUGGUCGUUAUUUGAGAAAUCUUUUAUAGUUGAUAUGGGUUUAAUUGCCACGUCCACCCACGAUCGACAACACGCGGAUACAGCCUUGGAGACUUACGUGACGAGUUGUUUAAUGAACAUCAUAGCCACAUUUUUCAGCAGUCCGUUUUCCGAUCAAAGUACCACUGUGCAGAAACAUCUGCACGAGGCUAGACUAUAUUGGAACAUCAAGGAGUGCGAUCGGAAUACAGAUAAUCUUUCCGGCUAUACAAGGCAACCUAUAUUUGUCCAGUUGCUUCAUGCAGCUUUUAAUGUAUCACAAUGUGCAUGGCUAAGUGCUGGACAAAGAUUUAACGUCGAAAAUUGUAUACGAACACUAUCAGAUGUAGCUAAAGGAAGAGGUAUUGCUAUACCGACUGAUUUGGAAAGUCAGGUUGCCAAUAUGUUUAACAAGGCGGCUAUGCUCAGUAGACAAACAAACAAAUGGUUGCAAGCCGCUAAACAACCAAAAGUUGAACGUAGUCAAAGCCAGAGUGACCUACAUUGCACGGAAGGCUCUAAUAAUGAGCUUAUGCGUCUAGAUCGAAGUAUUAUAGAGGGUCUACAGGACAUAGUGUCUCUUUUAGAGGAACAAUUGAAACCUUUGGUACAGUCCGAAUUAUCACUGUUAGUAGAUAUCCUCUAUCGACCUGAGUUGCUGUUUCCUGCUGCAACUGAUGCCAGAAAAAGAUGUGAAAACGGCGGCUUUAUCAAGAGGCUAAUUAAACACACUGAAAAAUUGCUAGAAGAAAAAGAAGAAAAAUUAUGUGUCAAAGUCUUGAGAACACUCAGGGAAAUGAUGGCUAUUGAUCCUGAGUAUGGAGAAAAAAACGAAGGUAUCUCGGAACAGAUGGAGUCAGAAACGAAGAGCGAGUCACAAGUUGGAACAGGUUCCAAUGAUCAGUCUGAGAAUCGACAAAUGACUCAGCAAGAGCCGGGAGACGCAUUGAGAACUAAUCUUUUGACGCGUUAUUUUGGCAAAAGUUUUAUACAAAAUUCGGAGAAUGUUGAGAUUGGAGUGUCCCGUAGCGCGACUAUUACCCACGGUCCAGGAGCGAAGAUAUUAAGUCGAGCUGGUAGAACGUUGCAUGAUGUGCAAACUCAUCUUGAUCGUGAAGGCGCUUCAGAUUUAGUGGUAGAAUUAGUGAUUAAGAGUGUACACUCUCCGAGCAUAUUCGUAGAAGUCGUUGAACUGGGUAUCGCACUCUUGGAGGGUGGGAAUCCUAUUAUACAAAGGAGUAUAUUUAAUAAAUUAAUGGGUGGUGAUUUAAGUCAAUCAUUUUUUAAGGUGUUUUACGAUAAAAUGAAAGAUUCUCAGCAAGAGAUUAAAUCUACCGUGACAGUAAAUACAUCUGAUAUGGCAGCGAAAGCGCAUGAGGAUAAGGAAGGCAAAGAUGUUGAUAAGUUGUCACGAAAACGUGGAUCAGGAAAACCUAAUGGAAUGGUAAUAACCGAUGAAUUACGUGAAGAAUUGAAUCAGGUUGCGGUGUCCAAUGCACAAGCAUACGCAAAUAUGCGCAAUGGUUUUGCACCCGGUGAAGAUGCGGCAAGUAAUGCAUUGGACGACUUAAGUGAAAAAUCAGACAGAAAUAAAAGUGGCAGUUCGUCUGGUGCUGAGAAGGAAGAGGGUCAAUUAAGUCCAAAAGUUCUAGUGAUGCAACCGAUUCUGCGUUUCUUGCAGUUACUCUGUGAAAAUCACAACAGAGAAUUACAGAAUUUCCUAAGAAAUCAAAAUAAUAAAACGAAUUUUAAUUUGGUAUCGGAGACACUCAUGUUCUUGGACUGCAUUUGCGGCUCUACUACUGGUGGAUUGGGCCUUCUUGGUCUUUACAUUAACGAAUACAAUGUAGCUCUGAUCAAUCAAACUUUAGAAACUUUGACGGAAUACUGUCAAGGGCCGUGCCAUGAUAAUCAAAACUGCAUCGCUACACAUGAAUCUAAUGGCUUAGACAUUAUAACGGCAUUGAUACUGAAUGAUAUUAAUCCUCUAGGAAAGAGUCGAAUGGAUCUGGUCCUGGAAUUAAAGAAUAAUGCCAGUAAAUUAUUGUUAGCGAUUAUGGAGAGCAGAGGCGACAGCGAGAACGCUGAAAGAAUUAUGUAUAACAUGAAUCCAAAACAACUUGUAGAUGUAGCAUGUAAGGCUUUUCAUCAGGAGUCAUUAGAUGAUUCCAGUGAUAUCGAUGAUUCCUCGACGAACGCAGAAGAAGGAGUGUCGCCCAAAGAAGUUGGACAUAAUAUUUACAUCCUGUGUCAUCAAUUAGCACAACAUAACAAGGAAUUAGCAGUAAUGUUGAAGCCAUCAGAACAGAAUAAUGCGGAUCCAAAAAUUAACAAAGCAUUAGAAUAUUACGCGUCUCACACAGCUCAAAUAGAGAUUGUAAGACACGAUAGAACGCUUGAACAAAUUGUCUUUCCGAUACCGGAAAUCUGUGAACUUAUAACUGUAGAUACAAAAAUAAGGGUCUUAAACACUACGGAACGAGAUGAUCAAGGAUCGAAAGUUUCCGAUUUCUUCGAGAGGACGGAAGACAUGUUUAAUGAAAUGAAGUGGCAAAAGAAACUUAGAGGACAACCAAUGCUGUUCUGGAUGAGCAGUUAUAUGUCAUUGUGGAGUAACAUUUUAUUUAAUUGCGCUGUUCUUAUAAACCUUAUUGUAGCAUUUUUCUAUCCAUUUGUGGAUUCUGUGCCUAAACUCAGUUAUCAUCUGUCAGCUUUAAUUUGGACAGUCAUGCUUGCAUCUGCCGCUAUCGUUAUUACUUUGCCAAGGGAGUCUGGUAUACGUACAUUUGUUGCAUCAACAAUAUUGCGAUUGAUUUUUUCUGUAGGUCCAGAACCGACAUUGUGGCUACUCGGUUUUCUUACGAUUAUAUUAAAAGUUGUACAUCUUAUAAGUAUUAUAGGGAAUCAGGGUACCCUGACUAAAAGCGCAGAGCAAAUAGUAACGAAUAUCGAACUUUUGUAUCAUAUGUUAUAUUUAGCAUUCUGUGUUUUGGGAAUUUUUAUGCAUCCAUUUUUCUAUUCAGUUUUACUCUUUGAUGUAGUUUAUCGCGAGGAGACUUUGCUCAAUGUAAUAAAAUCCGUAACUCGAAAUGGAAGAUCUAUUAUACUUACGGCUGUGCUAGCCUUGAUUUUAGUUUAUAUGUUUUCCAUUAUCGGUUUUAUGUUUUUCAAAGACGAUUUCCUUGUUCCUGUCGACGAAGAAAUUAUAUCUUCUAUCGAGCAAAAAGUUACGGAUACUUGUAGUGCUGGCAACAAGGAAAACUGUGAAGCUACGGAAACCAUAUCACAUUAUGCUACCGAAGUAAAUAAACCCGAAAUAAUUAAUAUUGGCGGAGAGUUGAAAGAACGAACGUGUGAUUCACUCGUCAUGUGUAUCGUUACUACGUUAAAUCAAGGCUUGAGGAAUGGUGGUGGAAUAGGAGAUAUUCUGCGAGCACCUUCCAGCGUUGAACCUUUGUUUGUCGCAAGAGUCGUAUAUGAUUUACUAUUCUUCUUCAUCGUGAUAAUUAUCGUUUUGAAUCUCAUCUUUGGUGUGAUUAUUGAUACCUUUGCGGAUCUUAGAUCGGAGAAACAGCAAAAAGAAUUAAUCUUGAAAAAUACUUGUUUCAUUUGUGGAUUGAAUAGAUCAGCUUUCGAUAAUAAAACAGUUUCUUUUGAGGAGCAUAUAAAACAUGAGCAUAACAUGUGGCAUUAUCUCUAUUUCAUUGUUUUGGUGAAGGUGAAGGACCCGACGGAAUUUACGGGUCCAGAAUCAUACGUUUACGCCAUGGUUAAGGAUCGGAAUCUGGAAUGGUUCCCGAGAUUGCGGGCCAAGUCGUUAGCGGCGGACGAAGGUGAAGGAGAACAAGUGGAAUUAAGAAGUCUACAGUCGCAAUUAGAAUCCACGCAGAUGUUAGUUAAAUGUUUAUCCCAGCAACUUACGGAGCUUCGUGAUCAGAUGACAGAGCAACGCAAGCAGAAGCAGCGGCUAGGUCUCCUGAAUUCUGCUUCUUCAAUACUGCAAAAUAUACCCCCGUAAAUUUAAGAUAUAUAUUUUAUAGUUUUCUUCUUAUUCUGGACGAAUCUCAGUUUGAUACUCCAAGACAGUACAUACGUAAAAGAUAUUCGUGUGUUCUUAACUGGCAUUUAAAAAUGUGAGAAUACUAUUGAGUAGGUAAUCUGAAGCAUUUUUACGGUUUUGUUCCUAAUUUUAAUGAAAGUAAAGUACGCUUAGGGCAUUAAGAUUAUAUCAUUCUCCUUUUACUGUAAAGGCUCUUGGACUGGUUUGUCGGUCAGCCAUCAAGGAACUCUAAUACCGUAAACUGCAUUGUCUGUUUCAAUGUGUAUGAAUAUUGUUAUGCAUAUAUAAAGAAAUUAACCGUAUUGAUAUACUAAAACAGAUAAAUUACUUAAAACUUCCAAUUAAAAUGUUAUAAUAUUCUAAUG